AUGGCAUCUGCUCGCCAUGUCGUCGUUUCUACGGCUUCAGGGACCGGUCAAGCACAAUCUUUCUACGAAACACAUCUGACCAACACUUUCAAGUCUCUCGGCUUCAAGGAAGGAGAGCAAUUCUUCGUGCAUUUCACAAAAUCCGAAGACACCAUCACGGAACUUACAAGAGAUGUAUUUCUUCCCGCCGCAAAUACCGGCGCUGUGAUUUCCAUCAUCUUGCUGAGCGGUGAUGGCGGUGUUGUUGAUAUUAUCAACGCCAUCCUCACUUCAUCACGAGGCCCUGACUUCUCUUGUCCUGAGAUUACGCUACUGCCAUUAGGGACUGGCAAUGCGCUGGCAAACUCUUUGGGUAUCACAGCGGAUGACAGCAUGGGUCUGUCGACUUUGAUGCAGGGACAAUCACGACCCCUGCCAAUUCUGCGCACCACUUUCUCUCCAGGCUCAAGACUGCUCAUUCACGAAGGCAGCGAAGAAGCUGAACUCUCCAAUUACAACGGCAAGCCAACGAUUUGGGCCGCUGUGGUGUGUAGUUGGGGCAUGCAUGCUUCAUUGGUUGCCGACAGCGACACGACCGAGUAUCGCAAACACGGCGUCGAACGCUUCCAGAUGGCAGCCAAAGCAGCGCUCUACCCCGAGGAUGGCUCACCGCCUCAUAAGUACCGCGGUCGUGUCUCUGUACUGCGUGGAUCAAAAUGGCAUGAACUAGAAGAGCAAGAACAUGCAUACGUCCUCGCAACCUUUGUCUCUAACCUCGAAAAGAACUUUACCAUCUCGCCUGCUUCAGAACCACUGGAUGGAAAGUUGAGGUUGAUUCACUUUGGCCCCAUGUCCGGUGACGAAGUCAUGGCAGUCAUGACUGAGGCAUACAAACAGGGCAAGCAUGUCGAAGAUGACAGGGUUCGCUACGAAGAGAUUGAUGGCUUGAGAAUAGCAUUUGACGAUUCAGAGGAACAUGGCCGUUGGCGAAGGAUUUGUGUCGAUGGCAAGAUCAUCCGUGUAGAAAAGGGAGGCUGGGUCGAACUCGUCAAGGAAGACACUCGUGUUCUCGACAUUGUUUGCAACUCUGAGCAUGUUUAG